UCUCUCUCUCCUCCAUUCCUCUCCUCCUCCUCCUGCCACCGAUCCCAAACCAGGGAGGAACCCGGCGCGAGGAGGGCAAAGGAAGAGAAGAGGAGACCACCCAGCCGACCGCGCGACCGCACGCACAGGGCAGCAGCCGUCGCGAUCCCGCGCAGGAGCGGACAUGGGGCUCACGUUCACUAAGCUGUUCAGUCGGCUCUUCGCCAAGAAGGAGAUGAGGAUCCUCAUGGUCGGUCUCGAUGCGGCUGGUAAGACCACCAUCCUCUACAAGCUCAAGCUCGGAGAGAUCGUCACCACCAUCCCCACAAUCGGGUUUAAUGUUGAAACUGUAGAGUACAAGAACAUUAGUUUCACCGUUUGGGAUGUCGGGGGUCAGGACAAGAUCAGGCCCCUGUGGAGGCACUACUUUCAGAACACCCAGGGUCUCAUUUUUGUCGUGGACAGCAACGACAGAGAGCGUGUUGUUGAGGCCAGAGAUGAGCUCCACCGGAUGCUGAAUGAGGAUGAGCUGCGUGAUGCUGUCCUGCUGGUGUUUGCAAACAAGCAAGAUCUUCCUAAUGCCAUGAAUGCUGCUGAAAUCACUGACAAGCUUGGCCUGCAUUCCCUGCGUCAGCGACACUGGUACAUCCAGAGCACAUGUGCUACCUCUGGGGAGGGGUUGUAUGAGGGGCUUGACUGGCUGUCCAACAACAUUGCCAACAAGGCUUGAAGCAUCUCGGCAGGGGCUUCUAUGGAUCUGGAUAAGCUGGAUAUUCGGACUAAUGCUGCCUUUACGUAUUAUAAACUAUAUAGUCUUGACAGAUAAUGUGGGUGUUUUGGAAGGAUAAAGCUCUUUGUGAAAGAGCUAGCUAUCAGAUUGUUUUCGUGGGUGUUUAAUUGUCUGGUGCUGUUUGUUUUCCCCAUCGUGGUCUUUACUAUGUCAGCUCUGUACUCGCCACUCCGACAGACAUCAGACAUUGUAGUAUUGACCUGUCUUGGCAUAGUUUGUCACUGUGAGGGCUGCCAUGUCUCUUCUGAAUUGCUAUCGCUGGUGUUGAUUUCAUGUGCAACAGACAUUUUCGAA